AUGAGCCCGGCGUCUUCGGGCGGCGGCAGCCCGGCCGCGCGGCGGUUUUCGGGGCUUUCGGUGGACUUGAGCGCGGCGGAGGAGGAUGAGAAUGACGAGGAGGAUAAUGAGGAAAAGGAUGGGGGUGAGGGCGGCUGCAGCGGCGCCGAGGCGCCGGGCGCCAUGGGCGGCACCAAGGCGGCCGGCCUGCCGGGCGCGCGCGGGGAGCAGCGCCGGAGCGGCCCCGGUGCCGGCACCGGCGCCGCGGCUGUGUCGGGUUUUGCAAAGAAGCUGGCCUUGCGGCCGCCGACGCCGGGGGUCGGGCUGGGAUUGCCGCUGUCUGCCCUCAGCACAAGCGUGCCCGUCGGCGCGGCGCCCAAGGCGCCGCCGGCCGCCCGUCCCGCGGCGCCCGAGCGGCGGCGGGGCUCGGCCGGCAUCGGGCCGCAGCAGCGGGCGGUGCUGCGUGAGUCGUGGGAGGGCAAGCUGUCGCGGCGGCCGCCCACGCCGGGCGUGGCGCCGGGCAAGCCGGCAAGCAUGUUUUGCGACGACGGCGCUGACGAGGAGGAGGACGAGGAAGGCGGGCGGGCGGAGGAGCCGAGGGCGCGGGCCCGCCCGGCCGUCGCGUCUGCGGCAGCGAGAAGGGGGCACCCCAGGCAGGCGAGCGGCGGUGAGGGCUCGGCUGGUGGCAGCGCCGGCGCCGGCGCCGCCAGCGGCGGCCGCGUGCGUUUCCCCGAGCAGAGCAGCAUCGAGGCGGUCAAGAUCAUCCGUCAGCCCGAGUUUGACCGGCCGAGCGACGGCAGCCGCUCGAGCAGCGCGGGGCGCAGCAGCGGUGGCAGCUGCGGUCGCACCGAGGCUGCGCCUGUGGUGGCAGAGGCGGCGGCGGCGGCGGAGGCGGUGGCGGGGGCAGGGGCUGCGGCGGCGCUGAUCAGGCGCGGCAGCCCCGAGCUGCAAAUGGACUGGGCAGCCAAGCUUUCGAGACGGCCGCCCACGCCGGGGGUGGCUGUGCAGCAGCCGCCCAGCAUCUUCAAAGAGCAGCAGCAGGCGGCGCCGCAGGGACCGCCCCCGGCGGCCUCUCGCGGCGGGCCCGCGAGCGCGCAGCAGCCGCGGCCGCAGGGGCCGGAGAAGCCUGCCGCGAGGGCCGGCGGCGGCGGCGGCGGCGGCGGGGCCGCGGCUGGGGCCGCACUGCCGGGCGGCUCAGGGCGCCUGCCGGCGGCGAUCUCGGCGCUUGUCGGCCACAACGCAGAUCUGGGGAUCGACGUGUUCGAAUCGACAGACGCUCCCGCGGCCCAGCGACAGCCGCGGCAGCAGCAGCAGCAGCAGCAGCAGCGGCAGCAACAGCAGCAGCAGCCGGCGGCCAACAGCGGCAGCGGCGCGGCCGGCGGUCUCAAGUCGUGGGUGGCGAAGCUGACUAGGCGGCCGCCCACGCCGGGCGUGGCCCUGGGCGCCAGGCCAGCCAACAUGUUUAGGGACGGCCCUGACAGCAGCGACGAAGCGCCCCCGCGGGCAGCGCCUCCGGGCCCGCGCCCGGCAGCUGCCGCCCCGCCGGGCCGCCGCGCCGCCGCACCGCCGCUCGCGGCGGCAGCGGAGAGCUCGGAUGACGAGUCCGGCUUCUACUCAGCAGGAGAGGAGGACGAGGCAGCUGCUGCCGCGCCGGGCAUCGGCGCCGCGGGCGGCGCCCGAAGCGAGCGGGGCGCGCCGGGCAGCACGCCGCCGCGGCGGCGCGUGUCGUUUGAGGAGGCCGUCGCCGCGGCCGGCGGCCAGCGGCGGAGGGGUGCGCCGGCGGGUGACGUUUGA